AUGCUUGCCAGUAACGUCAAAAAUACAGGAAAAACGUUGGCUGCCCUAAUAUACUUUCUUGCAAAAAAUCCAGACAAACAGCAAUGCCUUCGAGAGGAAGCAUUUAAAAAUUUUCCAGAGAAAAAAUCACCAGUUACCAAAGAAGUUUUUAACAAAUCACCAUAUCUUAAGGCAGUAAUCAAAGAAUCCAACAGGAUAGCUCUAAUAGCGAUAGGAACUGCAAGAAUUACCGUAAAAGACAUGGUUCUUGGAGGCCAUAAAAUUCCGAAAAGUACUGAUAUUAUUGCCAUGCAUAUAAUUAGUGCCAACUCGGAACUAUUCAAGGUUGCUGAAAAAUUAAUUCCUGAAAGGUGGCUUCGAACAACAGAAAAUGAAUAUUCUGCAAAACAUGUGCAUCCUUUUGCAUACAUGCCUUUUGGUUUUGGCCCCAGAUCAUGCAUUGGAAAGCGCGUAGCCAAUUUGGAACUAGAACUUGAUCUAGCGCGAAUUAUAAGGAAUUUUGAACUGUCAUGGCAUCACGAAGAUAUGCAAUUUUCUGGGAAUUUGAUAUAUGAUAUCACGAAUCUUCUUAAGGUCGGAGUAAAGGAGUUCUAA